CAGCAAACGAAGAAGAAGAAGCCGAUUCAUUCCGCCAGUGACGUUCCCGAGCCUUUAUGACGACAGCGGGAAAGAAUGGCAAACGCGGGAAACGAAAUCGCUUUUAAAAAGGAGACUAUUGCCAAACUGUUGACUCGCUCUUUUAAGGAGGACAAAACCAAAGCGUUCGGUCAUGAAGGUUUUCUCUCAGUCAGCAGUGAUGCUGUCAUCCUCGUGACGGAGAUGCUGAAGGUGUUUGUUGAAGAGGCGACGCGCAGAGCUGUUAAACAGGCCAGCAGUGAAGACUGUGACACCAUCGAUAUUGAGCACUUUGAGAAGAUUCUGCCACAAUUGCUUCUUGACUUCUAGUCUCGCUGUGGAGACGCCAGCAGAGGGCGACGCAACCCAGUUCUGCUGAAACACUCAUCCCGGACUUCACUUUUGCAUAUUUACAGAAUUAUUUUGACUGUGUGCAUGUAUUAAAUGUAUGACUAAUAAAAUGAUUCUUUUACUGGUGA